CCCCGCUCUAGGCGCUCUGUAAUCCCUCCCACCGUCUCCUUUUGUCUCCUCGCCACCGCCGUCAACGCCAUCGCCAUCGCCACACCACUAUUCAGCCCUCUCACUACAUACCGAAGGAAACUGUUAAAAGGAAAAAAAUUGGUUGAUCCCGUUCACCACCAUUCAGCCCUCUCUCUACAGGUUCGUAAUCUGUAGACACAACCCUCGGCAACCUUCUCUUCCGCCGACCACGGCUGCCGCAUCGCUCUCUGGGGCUCUCGCACCCGUUGCCAAUCGCUGCAAGCCCGAGGCGAACUCGACCGUCGACGAAACGUUUGGCUCUUCAAUUUUUUUGGGUCAUUUUCAAUUCUCUGUUUUCUUCAAAGCUCAGCUGGGGCACCAUAAACAACUUUCUGGGAAUUUAAAAUGAGUACUACUGAGAUGGGCUGGUAUAUUCUUGGUGAUGAAGGUCAGCAACAUAUUGGCCCUUAUGCUUUGUCUGAAUUGCGCGAGCAUUUUCUGAAUGGAUACAUCACUGGAAGUACAAUGGCUUGGUCUGAAGGAAGGAAUGACUGGCAGCCACUUUCUUCAAUUCCUGAGUUCAUGAGUCAAAUUUCUCAACCAGUGCCCCCCCACCAUGAUGACGAGUUUGAGAAAUGGCAAAAGGAAGUGAGAGAGGCAGAGGACAAUUUGUUGAGGCAUGCCCCUGAUGAUAGCAAUAAUGAUGAUGAAAGGCCUUUGACUCCGCCAGAGGGUGAGGAAGAAUUCACUGAUGAUGAUGGAACUACAUACAAGUGGGAUCGUGGUCUUAGAGCUUGGGUGCCUCAGGAUGGAGUGUCACCGAAAAAUGAGCACUACGGGUUACAAGAUAUGACUUUCUUGCUAGAAGAGGAAGUCUUUCCAACAGUGCAGGCUAUUGAUAAUUUUGUAGUGGAGAAGGACAAUGAUGAUACCAGUGAGAAACAUAAUGUCAAGAGAAAGUUGCCUGACGUGCCCGCUGAGAAGAAGGAAGCUAACAAACCACCAUCUAGUUGGUUUGAAUUAAAAGUUAACACACAUAUUUAUGUUGCUGGAUUGCCAGAUGAUGUUACUUUUGAUGAGGUUGUGGAAGUGUUUUCAAAGUGUGGGAUAAUAAAAGAGGACCCUGAUACCAAAAAGCCUCGUGUGAAGAUUUAUGUUGACAAAGAAACUGGAAGAAAGAAGGGGGAUGCACUGGUUUCUUACCUGAAGGAACCUUCAGUUGAUCUGGCCAUCCAAAUUUUGGAUGGGACACCGCUACGGCCUGGUGGAAAAAUUCCUAUGUCAGUUACGCGAGCUAAAUUUGAGCAGAAAGGGGAUAAAUUUAUAGCCAAACAAAUAGACAAGAGAAAGAAGAAGAAACUUCAGAAGGUCGAACAGAAGAUGCUUGGCUGGGGUGGUCGUGAUGAUGCAAAGAUGUUGAUUCCCACCACUGUUAUUCUUCGUAAUAUGUUCUCUCCUGAAGAAAUGAGGUCUGAUGAGAAUCUUCGUGCUGAAUUAGAGGCUGAUGUUGAAGAGGAAAGUGUGAAGCUUGGACCAUUGGAAUCAAUAAAGGUGUGUGAGAAUCAUCCCCAGGGUGUUGUUUUAGUUAGAUUUAAGGAUAAGAAAGAUGCCAAAAAGUGCAUAGACUUGAUGAAUGGACGAUGGUUUGGUGGGAGGCAGAUACAUGCCAGUGAAGAUGAUGGAUCUGUUAAUCACGCUUUGGUCCGCGAUUUAAGUGCUGAUGCCGAACAUUUGGAGAAGUUUGGAGCUGAACUUGAAGCUGAUUGAGCUCGACGUUUAACGCCACAAUUUGACAGAGUAUAUAUCAUAUCAUUGUCUUAAAACUCUUAAUCUCCCCUGGUACAAGUAGGAAGGACAAUGUAGAUGACUAAUGCUGUAAUUGCAGUUGUAGAUUGACAAUCCCCAGUUUUGAAAGCCUCCAUUUGUCUUUUGAGAUGUAAUCUUUCCUAGUCAACACAAACGUUAAACGCUUCUGGUACUGAAUUUCCUAUUAGUUCUUAA